GUCCCCGCGAGCCCUGCUGCCGGGCCCGGGGGCCGGCAGAGCGGGCGCGGCCUCCAAAGCCGCGAGGGAGAGGACUAGCGCGGGGCGGCUGCAGCUCGGUCCUCGGGCCGCCCCCGCCCCCGCGCCGCUCCCUCCUCCGCGCCUCCGCAUCCCGGACCUGCGCCUGCUUUCGCUCCCGCCGCGGCCCCGGGCUCGCUUCGUCGCCACCACAGCCGCGGUUGCCUCGGCUCCGCCGCAGCCUCGGCCGCCUCCGCCUCCGCUCCGGCUGCGACCCCAACCGAGACCGUGACCUCAGUCCCCGCCCCGCCCCCGCCCGCAGCCGGGACAACUUGUGCCCAGGCCGGGACACCGGCGCCAGCCCCCAAGGCCCAGUCGUGGGGACCAUGCUGCCCAGCUCCAUCCAGAUUUCGGGGGAGCCGCUGUCAGGCGCCGAGGUGCGGGACAUCUGCCGCGGCCUGCGCGACAACGCGGUGCGCCUGCUCUCGCUGCGCGGCUGUCGCCUGUGCGACCGCGACUUCGGCCGCAUCUGCCGGGCCCUAGCUGGAGCCACGUCCCUGGCGCAGCUCAACCUUAACCUGGGCGUCGUGUCCAGCCCCAGCCGCAUCAAGCAGCUGGCGGAAGCGCUACGGACCAACCGCUCCAUCCAGUCCCUCUUCCUGCAUGGGAGCCCACUGACAGAUGCGGGACUUGCCUUGCUGAACCCGGCCCUGGCUCUCCACCCUGCCCUUGUGGCUCUUGACCUGGGGGACUGCAUGCUGGGUGAUGAAGCCAUCAACCUUAUCUGUGGUCUCCUCCCUCCAGAUGGGGCCAAGUCUGGAAGGGAGACACUUAGGGACAGAGCCCAGUGGAAACACAGUGACCCAGGCAGGGGAGGAGUGAGUUUGAAGGAGCUAACACUGAGUGCCAACCCUGGCAUCACCCCUAAGGGCUGGAGCCGCCUCGCCAUUGCUGUGGCCCACAGCUCCCAAGUCCGCGUCCUCAACCUGGACUACAACCCCCUGGGUGACCAUGUGGCAGGGAUGCUGGCUGUAGCUGUGGCCUCAAGCCGUACCCUAGAAGUCCUAGACUUGGAGGGCACAGGGCUCACCAACCAGUCAGCUCAGACCCUGCUGGACAUGGUAGAAAAUUACCCAACAGCUUUGCGGAGUCUGGUAUUGGCCGAGAACAGCAUUAGCCCAGAGCUGCAGCAGCAGAUCUGUGACCUCCUCUCUGAGGGGGAAGAAGAGGAAGAGGUGGCAGGAGGGGCUGUGGAUACACAGGAAUGGGGGCGAGGGCGGGAGCCUGCGGCCCAUCAGCGGGGUGGCAGCUCCUGGAUGUGCCCCAGUGAUCCCAGCUCUCAGAUGGUGCUAAUGACAUCAGGACUAGGGGACAGUCUACUGGCCGAGACCGAGAUGUGACCCUCCACUUGGGCUUCUGUGCAUUGUUACGUUUGUCUGUAUCCCCACUACCUUCCCCCAUAGGGCAGGGAAAGGUCCUGGCUGGGGUUCUGGCAGUCCGUAGUUGUGGGAGGCUCUGGAAGCUGUCACUGGGCAUCAGCCUUGAGGGGUGGGGGGACUUGAACUUUGAACUUGUUGGCAGCUCUGGCUGCAACCCGCUGGCUCGGAACAGAUUUUAUAAACUCUACAACCUGG